CGCCAAACCAAACAGCAGCAGCUUGUUGUGCUAUUUCCAGCCAACACACACACAUCACUCGCUUGUUCGGAGUUGUUGAUGAUGGAGAGGCCAGAGGAUGCUGAUGAGCAGAAGAAGAAGCAAGUGCGGCUUGCUGGCUUAGUGGACCGGCUCUGCAGCUUCACCUCUUUUGAGGAAGGCGACGAUGACACGGAAGACACGACCGCGACACCUGCAACUCUGGCGGCUCAGAUCGAAGAUGUGCUACAAGAGUACCAGGAGCAACCACAGCUGCUGGAUGCCAACUUGGAGCCAAUGGUAUCGUCGUUGUUGGGCAUGAUCAAGGAUGGCAAGUGCGUCAACAGUGACCACGAAGACGCCAUCUUUCGCAUCCUCUACUUCUUCACAAAGGUUCGCGGGUACAAGACCAUCAUGCGAUGCUUCUCGCACGAGGCAACGGAUCUCAUCUUGGUGCUGGAGCGCAUCGAGGCCGAGGAAACGACGGACCACGCGCGCUGGCAGCACCGCUAUAUCCUCCUCCUGUGGCUGGCGCUCAUCAGCCUGCUGCCGUUUGAUAUCGCUGUCUUUGACGAGAAAAAGGGCGGGAAAACGCUUCCGCAGCGCGUCCUCCAUAUCUGCACCACGUAUCUCGGCUCACCGGACAAGGGCCGCGACGGUGCAGCCCAGGCGGCGGGAAGGUUUUUCUCGCGCCCGGAUAUGGUGCACACGGAGCUUGAAGGAUUCAUCGAGUGGUGUGAACACACGCUCGCAUCCACAGACGACCUUGAUCGGGAUCCGGCUGUUGUCGGCGUGAUGACCGCUUUGCCUGCACUGUUCAAGUUUGCACAGCGCGAAGCCAUCCUCCCAUACGCGGACCGAAUUCUUGCUGUCGUGCACCGCCAUCACCUGAUGACCAACGCCAACACGCUCGUCAGAAAACUCUCCACCAAACUCGUGCAGCGUGUUGGGAUGUCCCACCUCCCACCGCGCGUUGCGUCAUGGCGCUACCAGCGUGGCAUGCGCUCGCUCAUGUCAAACCUGCAGCAGCAGCAGCAGCAGCAGCAACAGCAAGCGAGCAGCCUGGCUGGCGACGACAACAACGACGACGACGACGAUGUUGGACACGAUGAUGAUGAUGGUGAAAGUGGUGACGGUGACGAUGAUGAGGUUGAUGUUCCGGAAGCAAUCGAAGACGUGCUGGAUCUGCUGCUGACGGGUCUCGGCGACAAGGACACCAUCGUCAGGUGGUCGAGUGCAAAGGGCGUUGGGCGCAUCACGGGCCGUCUGCCGAAACACUUUGCAGACGAGGUUGUGGAGUCACUGCAAGGGCUGUUCACGUACCAUGAGGCUGACACGUCCUGGCACGGUGGGUGUCUCGCCCUCGCUGAGCUCGCACGGCGCGGCCUUCUCCUCCCAGCCAGGCUCACCCAAGUUGUGCCAGUUGUCGUGCGUGCACUCGGCUACGAUGUGCUGCGCGGCGCGUGCUCUGUCGGCACACAUGUGCGCGAUGCGGCGUGCUACGUCUGCUGGGCGUUUGCGCGUGCGUAUGCGCCUGAAGUGCUGCAGCCGCACGUGCACGUCCUCGCAUCCAACCUCCUCGUGACGGCUGUGUUUGAUCGCGAGAACAACGUCCGACGCGCAGCAUCAGCGGCAUUGCAGGAGAAUGUUGGUCGCCUGGGCACAAUCCCGCACGGCAUCGACAUUGUCACCACCGCGGACUACUUUGCCGUUGGAAACAGGAAGAACGCGUAUCUGGAUGUGGCCGUUCAAGUUGCUCAACACGACGAAUACAAGCAGCCCCUCGUCAACCACCUUGCACAGGUCAAGUUGUCCCACUGGGAUGAGGACGUGCGACAGCUGGCGGCAGAUGCGAUUGUUAAGCUCUCGCCCCACGCGCGCGCGCACGUCGUGGACGCAUUCACAUCGACAGUUCUGCCCAACACCCUCUCCAUUGACCUCAACACACGCCAGGGUGCGGUGUUUGGCGUGGGUGCGUGUAUGCUGGGCCUGUCCCCACCCGCUCCAACGUGGGAUGAGACGGACCUUGCACACCGCACGGCGUACGUUGCAUCCCAGCAUGCUGCGUUCACCUCCACCUUUCAGCCAAUACACGUGGCACGAGUGCAGUCGCUCCUAUCGGAUCUAGAGUCCGCAAAAUACACGCACGGACUCGGUGGUGCCCUCGUCAGGAAGGCCUGCGCCGCCACCAUUCAACGCCUCGCCCUCGCUGGGUUCCCCGUCAUCCCCAUCAGCGGCAGCCACGAUGGGCGCGGCGGCAGCGACGGGAACAACGCUGCACCUGCGACAGCAGAAGCAUCAACACCAACGACAACUGGAACAGCACAAGCAUCAGCAUCAACGACAACUGGAACAACAGCAACGCCAAUUCCGGUGGGCCAACAGCCAUUACCACCAUCAGCAUCAUCAUCAGCGCGUGCCGUCCCCGAGUUUUCGUGCGCGGCCAUGUUGGAGAGCGCAGUGCUGUCGUCGUGGUUCGACUUUGCACUGCAGGGCUUUGAAGACGCGGACGAGGACACGCGUGCACGCAGCAUUGCCGCCGUGCUGCAGCUGUGCCAGUCGUAUUACGCAAGCUGCGAGGAAGGACUGCAAGUCCUCCGUGACGCAGUCCUACCUCGCCUCGUUGCCAAGGUCGUGCACCCGCACGCUCUUCGUCCACAGGCGCGCGCCGCCGCCGCACGUGUACUGGGCGACCUGCCCGCCCGCUUGCUGCUGGACACACACGAGAAGGUACUUGGUGCGUUGGGUGUGGCUGCGCGUGCGCUUGACGAGGAAGCGAACGCGGCUGUUGCCCUCCGACACGCCGCCCUGCACUCCAUCACCACUCUCCUGCGCAGAGCUUGUCGCGAACAAGCCCUUCGACCGUUGCUGUCAUCGUCGUCCAUUGUGCGCCCGGCGCUGCGCGUGUUCCUGUCGAGCUUGGACGAUUACACUAUCACCAGCAGAGGGGAUGUUGGAUCCACCGUCCGCUUGCAGGCGAUCACCGCCCUUGGCGAAGUCCUCCCACUCCUUCUUCCCCUCACACCGUCGCUCGCGGCUUGCACCAGUCUACUGCAUGAGUGUGUUGCUGGUCUGCUGAAGCAGCUGGCAGAGAAACUCGAUCGCCUGAGGAGUGAAGCAGGCAACGCCCUCGUCCGCGUCGCCGAUGCCUGCAAGCAACACAUCACCCAACAACAGGGCAAGGAGUGCACUGAUGAGAAGCCACAAGACGACAAACAGAUGCGAAGUGACCUGGCUGCCGUCUGCGAUCACAUCAUGUCGCAGCCGACGCCGCUCGACUGGUCGGCAGCGCACAUUACGUUUCCAAUUGUCGUUCAGCUCCUUCGCCUCCCAUCCAUCCAGCGCCCGCUGCUGAAUGGGCUGGUUGUGAGCGUGGGUGGGUUGACGGAGUCCCUCGUGCACGCAUCAUCACAGGCACUCAUUGCAUUCUUCUUCAGCAUCCAUGAUGAUGUGAAGGCUGGAAUCAUGUCUGCGAUGGUGGAUUUGCUUCGCGCAAACAUGGCGGAUGACCUGGUGGUGAUUCCACUUUUGAAGACGUGCGAUACCCUCAUUGCCAACGCCUGCCUCGACAGCCUCAUUGCAUCCCCACGGACGGGUUUUGCGCUUGAAAUGUAUGAGCUGGUGAAGAAGCAGCUGUCAAAGUGCACCAACGUGCAGAAAAUCAUCCAGUGCAUCCAUGUGUGCUGUGGACUGCUCAGCUUUGACAACUGUUUCAAGAAGAGCAUGGCCACCCUCGGCAUGUGCCUGUGCAACAGAUACCCGAGGGUGCGUCGCGUGACGUGCGAAUCGCUGUACGUGGCGCUGCUUGGGCUCGACCGCCCUUACAUCCAGCCCGCUGCAAAGGAGCAAUGCAUCCAAAUCCUCAUCACCACAGAAUGGGAUGGUGACAUCACGUUUGCUCGGCAGCAGCGCAACGCCAUCUGUGACCUCGUGGGGAUUCCAAAGCCAAAGCUGAAGAAGACAGCGGCAAAACAACAGCAGCGGCAGCAGCAGCCCAAGAACGAGCUCGACUCGUAUCAGGAUCUUGUGGAUCGCGCGGGAUAUUAGAGAGGGACAGCGUGCAGUGCUUGCUCCAUCACGACUUCCUGGCACCCCCCCCCGGCUGGAUCAAGCUUGUUUUCAUGUCGACGUGCAUGGCGUGUGCGUGUGUGUGUUCUGUCGUCACUGCAGUCGUUGUCUCACCUUCGAUAUCUGCAUAAACAGCAAUUCGAACAGA